AAUUUGAAAUCGAGGGAGAGUUCAGUCAAUCAAUCGCUUAGAUGUCAUUUUUUUGUAGAGAAGAGUUAAAAAAGAGAAUUAGGCGUUGUAGUUCGUGAUUGUGAAUGAAUAAAUAGGGCUUCAGGGAUCUUUGCAAAAUAAAGAUUUUACAUUGAUUUCAUACAAAUAUCUUUACUUUUUGGGAGUGAUACAAAUUUUCAUUUAACAUGACUAGCCCUAAUGAUACAUUGCCCGAAGGAUGGGAGGCACGCAAAAGUAGAACCACUGGGAUGACUUAUUACUUAAACAAACACACAAGAAAAUCUCAGUGGGACAAACCUGAUGGUCCAGCUUCUCUUGAUGAAGAUGAGGAUGACACCAGUCUCCCGGAUGAAGUCUGCUGCUCUCAUCUUCUUGUGAAACACGCCGGAAGCCGCAGGCCAUCAUCAUGGCGCGAAAAAAAUAUUACUAGAAACAAAGAAGAAGCUUUUGAAAUUCUUAAUGAAUACCGCCAAAAGAUUGUUAACAAGGAGGCCACUUUUGGAGAAUUAGCCAAACUAUAUUCUGACUGCUCAUCUGCAAGUCGUGAUGGAGAUCUUGGAUUUUUUAAGAGGGGUCAGAUGCAGAAACCUUUCGAAGAUGCGGCUUUUAGAUUAAGGAUUGGUCAGCUGAGUCAAAUAGUGGAGACUGAUUCUGGAUGUCACAUAAUUCUCCGUACUGCAUGAAUUCACAAGCAUCGUCAUCACCCUGGCCCCCAAGUCAAUUGUGUCUACUCUCUUGUGAAGAACUCGGGUCAGAAAUCAUGCAUAGGCACAUGAUUGCGCAAUAGUACAGCCACAUCUUAUUAAUGAAACUCUUGUUUUUUCUAUUUAUUAUGUUAAGUUUUUGAGUGUAAAACUUAUUAUAAUUUAUUUUGUAGUUUUGCCAGUGUCUAUUAUUAUAUGUUUUAUUUCAGAGCCAAUAUCCUUUUUCACUACAUAGUAUAAAACAAAGUUACUAUUUUAGUCUGUUUGUCUGUAUGCUUAAAUCUUUAAAAUUACGCAACGGAUUUUGAUGCGGUUUUUUGUAACAGGUAGAGUGAUUCAAGAGGAAGGUUUUUAUGUAUAAUUUUUUCCGAAUUUUGCACCCGUGCGAAGCCGGGGCGGGUCGCUAGUUUUAUAUAUAGUGUACAUACCAUCAUAGUAUGUGUAAUGGGAUACUAGUUUCGUAUUCAAACCAUAUCAGAACUGGUACAUACUUAUACUUUUAUAUGUAGUUCACAGUUAAUUAGUUCAGAAAUGAACAGAUUACGUGAUUAGGAAUAAGCUUGUAACAAUUAAACCUAUUAAGUACAGGAUUGUAUUAAGAUUGUUAUCGUGUCAUUCCUGAAAAGCGUUUUCAUCUAUAGGUAUUUAGUAACAUAUAUAUGUGGGUACUCUUAACAAUUUGCUUAUGAUUUUUAUAUGCCUAUUGUAUUUUAGUAAGAAUAGAAAAAGAUAAACUGUUGACUUGA